AUGAAAUUCUCGCUCACCUCUAUGAUCGUGUCUGCCGCUGUGAUGGCUGGUGUCGUUACCGCGUACAACCCCAUCGGCCUGCCCUGCGCCACCCCUGGUGUUGUUGGGUGCGGACAGGACGCAGGUUUUAACUCUGGGAACGCAUUUAUCUACGACUGUGAUUGGACAGGCACGAUCGUAUUUGGUGCAGGCUGCAAUUGCGCCGGUUGCUGUGUCACUGCAACCAACGGCGCAAAACAAGAACAAUUCCUCGCUGUGAAACAUCCCCCAAAAGGAGCAUUCCUGCAUGGACAAGUCAAGCUGCACUUGACAGUGAUAGGAACUUGCCUAUCCAUUUACAAGGCGGUAACGUAUGAUGAGUAUUGCAGCAACAGGAACUUGGUACCAUGCUCCUUCAUCACCGACUCCAUGAGAUACGGGAAGAAAGCUCUCAAAGUAGAGACGGUCCUCCAGAUCUCCAGACCUGGAGUGGCACAUCACAAAAUGAAGACAAUCCGGAAAUCAGAGGUUUUAGACGGAAUAGGUAAUUCCGAACAAGCGUUCAAUGAGUCCCACAUAGUGCUAGUACUUGUGUCUUCCGAAACUCAGAGUUCCGAUACAUAUCAGCGUAACUUCGUUCAACGUUCAACCCCAGUGAAAAACGGUCCUAGCCAUAUCUAUGGCAAACGACGGUAA